AUGAAGAUCUUUGAAAGCUCACAUCUUUUCAAUUACACAUGGGAACAAGUCAGUGCUGCCAAUUGGGUCAAGUAUCCAAACGAGCUUUCCACUCAUGUUGUGUCUGUGGAUAUCUUGAACAGAGAGGUGGAUCCAAAGAGACAUGUGCUUAAGACUGAAAGGUUGAUUGCAUGCAAACAGUCUGUGCCUAGAUGGUUGAGGGCUAUUAUUGGCGGUGAAGAGUACUCGUUUGUGAGAGAGGUGAGUGAAGUGGACUUGGUGAAUAGGAAGCUUAUCAUGAAGCUGGCCAAUAUGACUCUUCUGAACUUGCUUUUGGUGAACGAGACUGUGGUUUAUACCCCAGACCAGAAGAUGCCUGCUGGAAGAACACUUUUCAAGCAGGAGGCUGAGAUCACGGCGUUUUCGCCAUUUUCGGGCAUUUGCAAUAAGAUUGAGGAAUGGUCUGUGGAGAGGUUUGGCCAGAACGCCAAGGUCGGCAAGAUGGGCUUCGAAGGCGUUUUGCAGUCAGUGGCUGAAAAAUGGGAAGAAAGCGGUGUGCUCGUAAAGGGCUUGGGCCAUUCGCUUUUGAAGGAGAUUGACGAGGUUAACGAUAAAACGCAUGAAGUUAUCCACGACGUGGGUGAAAAGACCUCCAGCGUGCUUCUGGAGGUGACUAAGCUCGGCAGCUACUUUAGCCGUAGCUGA